UUGUAACAGUCGAACUGCGCAUGUUUCAAACAUGGUUGUGAAAUGUCGCUUGCAGCAUAGUUACUACGCAUGUGUGAGGAAAAUGAGUCACUAUACACCCCCUGGGUAUUCGAAGCUUGUAUCUGCUAAGGAAGUUAAAGAAUUCUGCAUUAGAUGUCUUACAAAAGUCGGGGCUCAAAUGAGUCACUCGGAUGCUUUAAGUGAUGUUUUGGUCGCUGGAGAUUAUCGAGGUCACUAUAGCCACGGGCUCAACAGACUGGAAAUGUAUGUACGAGAUAUUCAAAAGGGUGUGUGUGAUGCCAAUUCAGAACCUGUAAUUGUGAAAGAAACUGUUUCUACUGCUCUUGUUGACGGAAAAAAUACCCUUGGUCCAGUUGUGGGCAAUCUCGCAAUGAAGACAGCUAUUCAGAAAGCUCAGAAGACAGGAAUCUCUUUUGUUGCGGCAUUCGGUUCUAACCACUAUGGAAUUGCUGGGUGGUACAGUCUUAUGGCAUUAGAACAGGGCCUCAUAGGACUUUCUUUUACAAAUACGUCACCCCUUGUAUUCCCUACAAGAUCGCGAAAAUUAGCUGUCGGGACAAAUCCAAUUACACUAGCAGCACCUGGUAAAGUCCCUCAAGAUCACUUUGUGUUAGAUAUGGCGACAAGUGCAGUUGCUCUGGGUAAGAUUGAGAUGAAUCGAAGAAGAGGAAUUAAGAUUCCUAGAGGAUGGGGAGCUGAUGAGGAAGGCAAAAUAACAUCUGAUCCAAAUGUGGUUGUUUCAAAAGGUGGACUAAUGCCUCUUGGUGGUGAAGAAGAAAGCAGUGGCUACAAAGGAUUUGGCUUAGGUAUGCUUGUGGAAAUAUUAUGCGGUAUUAUUGCUGAUGCUUCAUAUGGUUCAAGCGUACGCCGAUGGAUGACAUUCAGUAAACCUGCUAAUUUGGGUCAGUCGUUUGCCGCCAUUGAUCCUAAGGCUUUUGCACCAGGAUUUGAACAAAGAUUAUCAGAAUAUGUGAAUAGUAUGCGCCAGUUACCACCGGUUGACAUUCAAAAACCUGUAGUGAUUCCUGGUGACUUUGAAAGGGAACAUAUGGUAGAAUGUGACCAACUUGGAGGUAUUCCAUAUCCUCCAGUAUUGAUUGAAAGUCUGGAUCGUUUGGCAAAUGAAUUGAGCACUGAAAGAUUAAAAGUAGCCAAAGAUAUAUAAUAAUGAUGAGCUAGUUAAAUAAUAUAAAAACAUGUUAAUAGUUUGAAAUUUUUUUAUUAGUCUCAUUACUUUACAAUAAUAACAAUAUAUUUGCUUUAUCGCGAACCAUAAUUACGUUUACAGUACCAAAUUUUUAGCAUGUGAUAUUGUAUUAGUUUACCCAUUGUACAACAUUUCUAAAAUAUAUAUUAAAAAUAGUGCUAUUUAACAAUAUAGAAUAAAGAGUAACAUGAUUGUUUAAAUGUUUACUGACUUCAGGGACAUGAUAACUAUUUGCUAAUGUAAUGUUGGUUGAUAAGACUAUGUCUAACAUGAUUUACUUCAUACAAUACACAACCUAUGAUAUUCUAGAAAAUAAUGUGAAAUUUAUUAAUCGAGCAAAGAAACAGGCAAACAUUGAUAUAACAUUACUCAGUAUUGUUGCUAACGUAUUAUUUUAUUACUUUGUAUAAAGCAAACUGGAGAUUUACUGAUAACCAAUGUUUGUUGUUCAAUUAUGUUGACCGUUGUCGUAAAUUUAUUUUGUCAUCUAUUUUCAUUUUCUCUUUUUUGUUAAAAUUAAACUAUGUGCAAACACUCCGGCCAAUUACAUAUUCCAAUUGGAAUAUGUAAAUAUGACUAGUAUAUGAAUCAAUGAAUGAACGUUCUGUUUUGAAUGAGGUACACUAUAUCCUUAGUUCCUUCAAUGACUAAGCUAUAAGUCACACUUACUACGUAGUGAC